GUUUGGAGUCGUGGAGGAUUCACGGUCUCUCCACAAUGGGAGAAAGGACAGAUUGUACGAAGUUGCAUAGCUCAGUGGCUGAAUACAGCCCCGUCAAUAAAUCAGACAGGACAGAUCCAAGUGACAGCUGUGAAAUGCAGGAUGGAAACCAAAAUACAAUGCAACUGAAGAAAGAAAUAUCUUUGAUAAAUGGGAUAAGCCUUAUAGUAGGCAACAUGAUUGGUUCAGGUAUCUUUGUCUCUCCCAAAGGAGUUCUCAUCUACAGCAAAUCUUAUGGAUUGUCUCUAAUAAUUUGGGCAAUUGGAGGGAUUUUUUCAGUCUUUGGAGCUCUCUGCUAUGCUGAACUUGGAACCACUAUUACGAAGUCAGGAGCCAGCUACGCAUAUAUCUUGGAGUCUUUUGGGAGCUUCAUCGCUUUUAUUCGUUUGUGGACCUCACUCCUAAUUGUUGAGCCAACUAGCCAGGCAAUUAUUGCCAUCACCUUUGCUAACUACAUAGUUCAACCUUUCUUCCCUUCUUGUGAUCCUCCAUAUUUGGCUUGCCGUCUCAUAGCAGCUGCUUGUGAAUGUCUUCUCACAUUUAUAAAUUGUGCCUACGUUAAAUGGGGAACACGGGUGCAGGAUAUAUUUACUUAUGCAAAAGUCACUGCUCUUAUUGUCAUCAUCAUAACUGGACUUGUUAAAAUAUGCCAGGGACAUUCAUCACACUUUGAGAACUCUUUUGAGGGAUCCUCUUUUGAUAUCGGCGACAUUUCCCUCGCACUCUAUUCUGCCUUGUUCUCUUACUCUGGUUGGGAUACGCUCAAUUUUGUAACGGAAGAGAUAAAGAACCCAGAAAGGAACUUGCCACUUGCUAUUGCAGUGUCUAUGCCAAUUGUGACUGUUAUCUAUAUUAUGACCAAUAUAGCUUACUAUACAGUGCUGGAUGUCAAAGCCGUUCUUUCUAGUGAUGCUGUGGCAGUGACAUUUGCCGACCAAGUAUUUGGUAUCUUCAGCUGGACAAUUCCCAUUGCUGUAGCCUUUUCUUGUUUUGGUGGACUUAAUGCUUCAAUUCUAGCAUCAUCAAGACUAUUUUUUGUAGGAUCUCGAGAAGGUCACCUUCCUGAUCUGCUGUCUAUGAUCCACAUAGGGAGGUUCACACCCGUGCCAGCACUGCUCUUCAAUUGUGCUAUGACCCUUAUUUACCUGGCUGUGGAAGAUGUCUUCAAGCUCAUUAAUUACUUCAGUUUCAGUUACUGGUUUUUUGUUGGACUGUCUAUUGCUGGGCAAUUAUAUCUACGUUGGAAGGAACCAGAUCGACCCAGGCCUCUUAAGCUGAGUGUGGCUUUCCCAAUAAUAUUCUGUAUAUGCACAAUAUUUCUGGUGGUAGUGCCACUCUAUAGUGAUACUAUAAAUUCGUUGAUUGGAAUUGCCAUUGCUUUAUCUGGAAUUCCAUUCUUUUUCUUGGGAGUCUAUUUACCUGCAUCAAGGAGACCUCAGUUUAUCAACAAGAUUUUAGGUGCAGUCACACGGAACAUGCAGCUGCUCUGUUACUGUGUUUUAACAGAGAUGGACCCAAAUGAAGAAAAGAAGUUAGAAAUCAAAUCCAACUAAAAUUUCAAAGCCAUUACAAGAAACAGGAGGGAGGAUAAAGCAAUUAUAACAACAAAAGGGAAGAGAUCGAACUGGAAAA